AUGAGUGAAACGACGGGCGGCUGUAGAGAGCCGCCCCCUCCGGUAAGUGAUAUGGUUACCAAUAAUAAAGAGGACGAAAUUGAUCUUGCUAGAUUCGAUUUCAAGAAUACUUAUACAACUACAGAUACAGGCCCAUUUUUCGUAUGCAUCGAACAUAAAACAAAAAACAUUGGAAGACUGUUCCCCAUAAGGGUUGGCCACUACCUCCAACAAGUGCCAGAAUUCAGGAGACAUUACAGAUAUAAAAGCAAUAGAGAAGACAAGGGUCAAAGUGAUAUUCAAAACAUUUUCAAUCGCAAACUCGCUUAUCAACCAUCAAUGUAUAACCAAAAAUAA